GGCAAGGGAAGCAAGAUGGUGGUGGCGGCUGAAAUUUAUGAGCGCCGCCUCCUCGCCGCCGCCGACCUCCUCCUCUCCGCCGAUGCCGAUGCAGCGCAGGGGGCCCAAGGACCCCACCCCGCCCAACUCGGGGUCACGGCCGACCUCAAGCCGCACCAGCUCGACGGCGUCGCCUGGCUCAUCCGCCGCUACCAACUCGGCGUCAACGUCCUGCUCGGUGACGAGAUGGGACUUGGCAAGACCCUCCAAGCAAUUUCUUUGUUGAGCUACCUCAGGAUACAGUCCAUCGCACCUGGACCAUUUUUGGUAUUAUGUCCUCUAAGUGUCACGGCUGGCUGGCUCUCGGAAUUCAAUAAAUUCUGUCCAUCUUUGAGGGUUAUCCAGUAUGUUGGCGAUAAGAUGCAUCGUCGUGAUCUCCGGAGAGGGAUGUUUGAGGAGUUCCAAAAAUCUUCCUUGUCAUCUGGUUCCAAUGAGUUAUCGUUUGAUGUUAUGAUGACAACCUAUGACAUAGCCUUAAUGGACCAAGAAUUUCUUUCACAAAUUCCCUGGCACUAUGUUGUUAUUGAUGAGGCCCAACGUCUUAAAAACCCGUCCAGCGUACUGUACAAUGUCCUUGAGCAACGCUUUAUCAUGCCAAGACGUCUGUUACUAACAGGCACCCCUAUCCAGAAUAACCUUUCUGAACUAUGGGCAUUGAUGCACUUUUGCAUGCCCUCGAUCUUUGGUUCCCUGGAUGAAUUUCUUUCUACUUUCAAGCAAGCAGGUGAUUCAUUGACAGGUGGUGAAACUAAUAAAGCGAACAAACAGUUUAAGAUCCUUAAACAUGUACUGAGAGCAUUUAUGCUGAGGAGAACUAAAGCCUUACUAAUUCAAAGCGGAAUUUUGGCACUGCCUUCAUUAACUGAGCUAACAGUGAUGGUACCUCUGACACCCUUACAGAAGAAGUUAUACCUAUCAGUAUUGAGGAAAGAGCUUCAAACACUACUUACAUUUACUGGAGGAUCGUCUCGCCAUCAGUCUCUGCAAAACAUCGUUAUACAACUGCGGAAAGCUUGUAGUCAUCCAUACCUGUUCAGCGGCAUUGAACCUGAGCCUUAUGUGGAAGGGGAGCAUUUGGUUCAGGCUAGCGGAAAGCUGGUCAUGCUAGAUCUCAUUCUUAAGAAGCUCCAUGAACUAGGUCAUCGGGUUCUGCUAUUUGCUCAGAUGACUCAAACACUGGACAUUCUACAGGACUUUUUAGAACUGCGCCAGUACACCUAUGAACGUCUGGAUGGUUCAGUACGUGCUGAGGAACGGUUUGCAGCAAUAAAAAGUUUCAGCUCUCAACCUACCAAGGGUGUUGUCAGAGAUGAUAAUCAGAGUGGAGCUUUUGUUUUCAUGAUAUCAACUAGAGCAGGGGGUGUUGGCCUCAAUCUCAUUGGUGCCGAUACUGUUAUUUUUUAUGAACAAGACUGGAAUCCUCAAGCUGACAAACAGUCCUUGCAGCGUGCACACCGCAUUGGACAAUUGAAUCAUGUAUUGUCAAUAAAUUUGGUAUCACAACGCACAAUUGAAGAGAUCAUCAUGCAAAGAGCGGAGAGAAAACUUAAGCUUAGCCACAGCAUUAUUGGAGAGGAGGAUGCAACUGAUGGGAAGGGGAAAUAUCUGGAAAAUGAAGCUAGUGACAUGCGCUCGAUUAUAUUUGGCUUACACCUAUUUGAUCCUACAGAUACGACUGCAGAGACAAUCAAUGAUGACACAAAUCUGGAGACUAUCAAAGAGGAGACUAUGUCGAAGCUGAAAUCAAUGUCUGAAAAGGUAGUGUUGAUGCGUAGUCAUGAGCCCUCCGAAAAGGAUGAACGGACAUUCAAAAUCAAUCCAAAUAUGACAGAUAACAGUGGGGCUGUCGUUUCUAGGUUAUCUGAUUCCAUUAACGUUGAUCUGGAUUUUAAUGAAACUGCAUACUUAUCCUGGCUUGAGAGGUUUAAAGAGUCUUUGCAUUCUAAGGAAAACACCACAGUUGAACUAGAAAGUCAAAGAACAGCACCUGAAGAAAAGUUCCUAAAACGUGAAGCUAAUAAGAGAAAGGCAGAAGAAAAGAGAUUAGCUAAAUGGGAAUCCUUGGGGUACCAGCCAUUGACAGUCAAAGAUCCUGACAUUUUGCCAAACCAGAAUAUUCCAGACUCUGGGUCUGUCCAACUUGUAUAUGGAGAUUGCACUAAUCCUUCAAUAGUUUGCCCUGCAAAGCCUGCCGUCAUAUUCAGUUGCGUUGAUGAUUCAGGAACAUGGGGACAUGGAGGAAUGUUCGAUGCUUUGGCCAAUCUCUCAGCAUGCAUUCCAGAUGCUUAUCAUCGGGCCUCUGAAUUUGAUGAUCUCCAUCUGGCAGAUCUUCACUUGAUUGAAUUAGAUGAAGCCAAGUGCAACCGAAGUUUGGAUGCUCUUCUAUGGGUCGCACUAGCUGUUGUGCAGUCCUAUAAUCCAAGGCGAAAGGUUCCACGGAGUGAAAUCUCCAUGCCUGAUUUGGAGCUGUGCUUAUCAAAAGUGGCCUUCUCAGCCGCUCAACAUUCCGCGAGCAUCCACAUGCCCCGAAUCGGUUUCCAUGGACGGUCAGAGUGGUACACUAUAGAACGGCUGCUGAGGAAAUACUCGUCUAUUCAUGGCGUCGACAUCUUUGUGUACUAUUAUCGGCGAGGGAACAGGCAGUGCGUGUCCGACUAAUUGUGAAGCUUAAAAGCAUUGCAUGUAGAUUAGAUGUAGAGUGGGUCUUUUUUUUUUGUGUGUGUGGGGGGGGGGGGGGUGUUGUAUUGCCGCUCACUCUGUAGAUUAGGAAAUGCCAUUUUUAAGAUGAAUGGCUGUAAUCUGGAAGGAGAGGUACACGGCUCUGUUUAUUUGUAGUCAAGCAGCUUGUGCCUAAUGGCGCUUCACUGGGUGUGUCUCAUGGGUGUCUCUAGUUGCAAGUAGUAGUCGACCACCAGACGCAUGAGCAAAAUAAUAGUCCAUCCAGACUGUUUUUAUAGUUUGAUGAUGAAAUUAAACCAUGAAAGUUGUUGGUGGACGAAAAGUUAGACGUUAUCCUAAAAUUUAAUUUGGUUUGCAUAUUUACUCGAUCUCUACAUUUUUAUCA